AUGCAGACCUACUAUGAUCUCGGCCACAUGGAGCGGGUCCCCGACCAUGAGAGAAACAAUCCCUACGCGUGGUACCUGCCACACCACGCGGUUAUGCAGGCUGCCGCGAUACAGCCGAAAAUACGCGUUGUUUUCGAUGCGUCGCGUCAAACUCGGGACAAGUACAGCUUGAACGACUUUCUCAUGGCCGGGCCCCCGCUUCAAAGUGACCUCGACCUCAUUUUACUCAAUUGGCGCAGAUAUCGCUAUGGCUUCACGGCCGACAUAGUGAAAAUGUUUCGGCAAAUUCGUAUAGCGCGCGAAGAUCAGGACCUCCAGCGCAUCGUAUGGUCACCUGUCGCCGAGUCACCCCCCAUUCACUAUAGACUGACGACGGUAACCUACGAUACCUCCUGCGCGCCAUACUUAGCUAUUCGUACUUUCCAACAGCUAGCUCGAGGGGAUAUAAAACUGCGACUCUUCUCUGUAUAUUGA